CCGCUUCCAGGAGAAUCGAUUCCUUGACCAUGGCGGCCUCGUCUCUGUGCUGGGCGCCCGGUCGCUUGUGCCGCGUGAGGCUGCGGCCUUCGCCGUCGCCCCUCGCCCUGGGAGUCCCGUGCGGGGCCGUGCGAAGCUUCUUCCUCCCAUCAACCACAAACAGCAACAACCUCCGCGCCUCUUCCCUUCCGACAAACAACAACCAGCCCCAUGACUCCGCUUCGUCGAUAGAGGGGAACCCCUUCUACGGGAAGUACGCCGCUAGGAUUGAGGCGCUGCGGAGAAAUCGCCCGGAUGAUUUCAAUGCUCGACUACAGAGGCUGGAGCAGAUGCGGGAGGCCAAAGAAGAGGCGCCAAAACAAGAGGGGACAACACAGAGGGGAGAGAAGUCGAAUGAAUUCAGCAGAGAGAGCAAAGCGCACAGCGGAAAGGGUCUGGACUCCAUCAUAAAAAUCGAACUCAUCCAAGAUAAAACGCCUCAUGAAAUUGAGGAGAUCUGGACUCUCUACUUCAGCAACAAAAAUGUCAUCUCCGCUGUGAUCCCGGGGGACACGUACGACCUCAUGUCCUCACGCGGGAAGGAGUGUCCCACGUUUGUCUACGCUGUCCCCCGUGAACAUGGACACGAAAUGUUCAUGGGGCAGUGGGCGAGCAACUCAAUCCACUUCACCUCCCUCAUUAACUUCCAGACCCGAGGGGACUUGGCCGAGAGCCAGCUCGUGAUCCAGCACUACACAGAGCUCCGGGAGAGCAAGGGACUCGUUCUCAUGGUGUCGGAGACCUUGGGAGAGACAUUGUCCUCUCUGGAGGCAAGGUGUCUGGCAUCACAAGUGCAGAUAUUCUAUGCCGACCCGGGCCCAGAGUCAAAGUUCAGCCUCGUGCGUCGCCUAAAUCAGAACCCCUCUGACUUCGAUCACAUGACCCUCCUAGCUGCACUCAGGCAGCAAGGCAUUCUGGGUAUCGGUGGGCAGAUGGGUGGUGCGGUGCCGGCCAAUCACGAGUGAGAGCCAGCAAAGUGCUUUCAGCCAAUAAUAUUUAAGAAGAGGAUGGUUUGUGUGUGCGCAUGUGCGUGCGUGUAUGUUAAUAACGUGUAUGUGGGUGUUGACCACCGAAAAAACCUAAGAGUAUGUGGGUGGGGUUGUGUCUGUGAGUGCAUGUGUGGAGAAAAGUGGUGUAGCGGUUAGCGUAUUGCGGCUACGAACCCUGCGACCCGAGUUCCAUUCCCGCUCAAUAUCUGAACCAAUCCUGGACCUCCCCGAGGUUGACUAAACCUUAAAUGACUACCUGGUGCCACAUAUAAGCAUCAGCACUGGGGAGGCAAAGGCGGUUUGGCAUGGUGUUGACCACACCAUCCCCUCGUACGCUGUCCCGGCCAUAAUCAGUGCACGCUAACAGCACUUGCCCCAACCGCCUAUACGGCUACAAGGGGCGUAUUUUGUUUAUUACAAUGGCUCACACAUUGGGCUAUGAACCCAGUAAUGGGGUUUGAUUCCCUGCCGUGGAGGCCAUUGGUGGCAAGCGAUAUCUGCACCUGGACUAGGCAGCCCUGUAUGUUGGCUUAGCCCUCAGCGAAUGUCUGGUAUGGUGUGUGAAUAUCCCCACCCCCUCAUAAAUAGGUGCUCGCAAUAACGCUUGCAGGUUAUGCACCCAGACGCUGUGAUCUGUGCGUGGGAGUUUGUACUGUGAACAGUUUGUACACAUGUGUUUGAAUGUAUGAAGUUACGUUGUUCAAUCUGGAACCGAGACAAUAUUUAAAUAAAGCUGCUUUUGUGUCCAGCAAAGAAAGAGUUGAUAUAAUUAUUUAA